ACCAAACUACCCCUAAAAUCUUACUCAAUGAAUACUGCCUUCUAAGGUUAAAUAAGUAAAUAAUCAAAAUUUCGUCUUUGCUCUUUCACGCAAACUUCUCCGUUUUUCUGCAUAUUCUGCCACACCUAUACUAUAAUAUAAACUCCAAAUGAAAAAAAUUCCUACAAAUCUCUGAAAAUUUGAUUUUUUUUUUUAUUUUCGGUGAUAUUAACAAUCGAUUUGCCGUUUGCAUAAUCGAUUUCUAAGUUCUAAGAAUUUGAAAUCGUUGAAAAAAAAAGAAGGAAAUUCUAUGUUGAAAAAAUGAUUCUUUCACGUAUUGGCCGUUCUAUAUCUAAAGCUUCUCGCGUCAAUAUUCACAAAGGUGGUGGAUAUGGCGUGAGGUCGGCGGUGUUGGAUGAGGUGUCCACGAGCGGCGACGGCGCGUGCGUUACACGCGUUGAUGGUGGCGGGUUAGGGUUUGUGAGGAGCUAUUUGACAUCAUCGGUUAUUGGAGGUGGAAAGCAGGGUUUGAGUAACCCGCAGCGCGUGAAUUACACGCUCCGGAGGUUUUUCUGCAGUGAAAGGCCAAAGAGAAGAAACUAUGAGAACUAUUAUCCAAAGAACAAGAAAGAAAUUCCCAAAGCAAAUAAUCAAAAGGCUGAAAGUGGCAAAGAGGAAGGUGCAGGUGAGCAAGGAAAUCCUCAAGAGAACUUCAUGAAGCUAAACUACAAUUUGCUAACACCCUUGUUAUUUAUUGGGUUUAUUCUGUCAUCUAUCCUCUUAUCUCCUCGAGAGCAGCAGGAGAUUAGCUUCCAAGAGUUCAAAAACAGGCUGCUUGAAGCUGGUCUUGUUGAUAGAAUUGUUGUUACUAACAAAUCUGUGGCCAAAGUUUAUGUGAAAAGCUCUGCACCUGGUCCUAAUCAAAUUGGUGAUGAUACUGUUCAAGGUCCUGUAACUGGUUCAAAUGAUAGAAGAAACACGGGCCAGUACAAAUAUUAUUUUAACAUUGGGAGUGUCGAGUCAUUCGAGGAGAAGCUUGAAGAAGCACAGGAGGCAUUAAGAAUAGAUCCUCAUAAUUAUGUGCCUGUUACAUAUGUUGAUGAGUUGAAUUGGUUCCAAGAAGUGAUGAAGUUUGGUCCAACAGUGUUGCUUCUUGUUGUCCUUUAUUUUAUGGGACGGAGAGUGCAGGGUGGGAUAGGUGGAGUUGGAGGCCCUGGUGGAAAAAAUGGUCGUGGAAUAUUUAACAUUGGUAAAGCACAUUUCACAAAGAUGGAUAAAAAUGCCAAGAAUAAGGUGUUCUUCAAAGACGUGGCUGGAUGUGACGAGGCAAAGCAAGAAAUCAUGGAGUUCGUCCACUUUCUUAAAAACCCCAAGAAAUAUGAGCAGUUGGGAGCCAAAAUUCCCAAGGGUGCUCUUCUAGUGGGUCCUCCUGGGACUGGCAAGACGCUUCUGGCCAAAGCUACAGCUGGAGAGUCUGGUGUACCUUUUCUCUCUAUUUCCGGGUCAGACUUUAUGGAGAUGUUUGUUGGUGUUGGACCAGCCAGAGUUAGGAGCUUAUUUCAGGAGGCAAGGCAGUGUGCACCUAGUAUAAUUUUCAUUGAUGAGAUUGAUGCCAUUGGUCGAGCAAGAGGGCGAGGUGGCUUUUCUGGAGGACAUGAUGAACGUGAAAGCACUUUAAAUCAACUGCUUGUUGAAAUGGACGGUUUUGCAACCACGUCAGGUGUGGUUAUACUUGCUGGGACAAAUAGACCUGAUAUAUUAGACAAAGCCUUGUUAAGACCCGGUCGAUUUGAUCGUCAAAUUACCAUAGACAAACCAGACAUAAAAGGCCGUGAUCAGAUAUUCCGGAUCUAUUUGAGCAAGUUGAAACUUGACCAUGAGGCAUCCUUUUAUUCACAGAGGCUUGCUGCUCUAACACCAGGAUUUGCCGGAGCAGACAUUGCAAAUGUUUGUAAUGAAGCUGCUUUAAUUGCCGCAAGGAAUGAGAGCACAAUAAUUACAAUGCAACAUUUUGAGGCAGCAAUAGAUAGGGUAAUUGGAGGUCUUGAGAAGAAGAAUAAGGUCAUAAGCAAGCUAGAGAGGCGGACAGUUGCCUACCAUGAAUCUGGUCAUGCUGUUGCUGGUUGGUUCUUGGAACAUGCAGAACUAUUACUAAAAGUGACAAUUGUUCCUAGGGGUACUGCUGCCUUGGGAUUUGCUCAGUAUGUUCCUAAUGAAAAUCUUUUAAUGACUAAGGAACAGCUGUUUGAUGUGACAUGCAUGACUCUUGGAGGUCGAGCUGCUGAGCAGGUUUUGAUUGGGAAGAUCUCGACUGGUGCCCAAAAUGAUUUGGAGAAAGUCACCAAAAUGACGUAUGCACAAGUAGCAGUCUAUGGUUUCAGUGACAAGGUUGGUCUUCUUUCUUUCCCACAAAGAGAAGAUGGAUUUGAGAUGUCAAAACCUUACAGUAGCAAGACAGCAGCAAUUAUUGACAAUGAAGUAAGGGAAUGGGUCUCCAAGGCAUAUGAACGUACUGUGCAACUCAUAGAGGAGCACAAAGAACAUGUGGCGCAGAUUGCAGAGUUACUACUUGAAAAAGAGGUCCUUCAUCAAGAUGAUCUGAUUAAGGUAUUAGGUGAACGCCCAUUCAAGAGUCUUGAGCCCACAAACUAUGAUAGAUUCAAGCAAGGAUUUGAAGAAGAGAACAAAGAAACAAAAGAUAAUGCUGAAAAUAUGACUGUAGAAGAUAAUGGAUCAUCGCCAGUCGUACCUGAGGUUGUCCCAGUAUAGUUGUGGGGGUGGUGCUUUGUAAAUGAUAAUAUGGUGUAGUUGCUGUCUGGUGUUCACUUCUUAUUAGAAAAUUGUAGAAGUUAGAAAAAACAUGUCUUGAUAUUAAUAACACAGAAAUCAGUUUCUCAUUUUGUGCACUCCAUGAUAUUGCGAAGAAAAAGAGAAGAACAAAAAUGAGGUGAAAGAGAUACUAUAAUCUAAUUGUAUCAGUGUUUGUAA